AUGGGAAAUCAAACAUCUGACGAUAACCUUAUUGUCCUUGUCAUUGGAAAAGGUGGCCGAGAGCAUGCGCUGGCUUGGAAACUAAGUCAAGCUGAGUCAGUGCAACACGUCUUUGUCUUUCCUGGGAACGCGGGGACACAAGAGGGCACAGCCAAUAUUUCUAACCUAGCCGGCGUCUUUACCGAUUAUCAUGCCCUGGCUCAGUGCGCAAAGGAGCUCGAGGUCGGCUUGGUUGUCGUUGGUCCCGACGAGGAUGUCGUGAAGGGAAUCGACAAGUAUUUUCGGAACGUCAACAUUCCCUGUUUCGCCCCAUCACUCGAAGCUGCUGAGCUCGAAGGCUCCAAAGUCUUUGCCAAAGAUUUCAUGAAAAGAAACAGCAUUCCCACUGCACAACAUUGCAGUUUUGACAAGCUAAACGACGCUUUAUCAUACGUGCAUACGGUCGAUCAUCGAAUUGUCAUUAAAGCAGACGGCCUUGCAGCGGGCAAGGGUGUCAUCCUCCCAGAGACGAAAGAAGAGGCAACAAAGGAGCUCUACAGUAUUAUGGAUGAUGGAAAAUUCUCAACUGCAGGGACUUCAGUAGUUAUCGAGGAAUACAUGGAAGGAGACGAGAUAAGUAUUCUAACAUUCAGCGACGGAAAGACAUUCUACUCGCUUCCUCCGGGUCAAGACCACAAGCGCGCAUUCGAAGGCAACAAAGGGCCCAACACUGGGGGUAUGGGCGUAUACUCGCCUGUACCAUUUGUAACCCAAGAAAUGCUAGACCACAUCGAUGCAAUUAUCCUUAAACCCACUUUCGAAGCGCUCGAGAAAGAAGGUCGCCGCUUCAUAGGUCUACUCUUCACGGGAGUCAUGAUUACUCCGUCUGGCCCCAAGGUAAUCGAAUAUAAUGUUCGGUUUGGGGAUCCUGAGACACAAAGCUCCAUGCUACUCAUUUCGCCAGACACCGAUCUCGCAAAGAUCUUGCUGUCAUGCACAAACGGAACACUUUCACAAACCACAUUAAAACCUCGACCAGGCUUCGCUUGUAAUGUCAUUGUCGCUUCUGGUGGCUAUCCAGGGAAAUACGAGACCGGCAAAGCGAUUUCAUUGAGGUCACCGAUCAAAGACGUGGUAAUCUUCCACGCCGGGACCCGGAAGGAUGAAACAGAUGGGACAUUGAGAACCGAUGGAGGACGUGUCUUUACAGUUGCUGCAUAUGGAAACACCCUUCAAGAGGCCGUUCGUAAGGCUUAUGAGGGUGUUCAAUGCGUGGCCUUUGAGUCGAUGGUUUUCAGAAAGGAUAUUGCAUCACGGUGCUUGACUAAUUGA